UUGUGGCCACAGAGACUGAAACAAAGUUUGACAAAACAUAAACUAGGAAAAAAGAGAAAACCCUCCAUUUCUUUAGGUGUGCACUUAUUAAAACCACAUGUAUCAUCUCUUGUUAGAAUCUCCCCAGGCCCCUCUUUAUCCCCAGUUUAUGUCCCUCUCUUUCUAUAACAACCAGCAACUAAAACAUUAACGUUUGAUAGACAACAUAAAAAUCAAAUAUUCCAUUAUUUUGCACGUAGAUUUAGUGAAGCUGUGUCUUGUUGCGAUGUUUGAUAUCUUUAUUAAAGGAAACUGUACUUGAAUCCUUUUUCUUGUUGCUUGAUUUUGGAGAAAUGAGAGUGAGAGAAAAUUAUGCGUACCCUUUGCGACGCCUGUGAGAGUGCUGCUGCUAUUGUCUUCUGUGCUGCUGAUGAGGCUGCACUUUGCCUUGCCUGCGAUGAGAAGGUCCAUAUGUGCAACAAACUUGCUAGCAGGCAUGUGCGAGUGGGUCUGGCAAAUCCCAGUGACGUUCCUCGCUGUGACAUAUGUGAAAAUGCCCCUGCUUUCUUUUAUUGUGAGACAGAUGGAAGUUCCCUUUGUUUGCAAUGUGAUAUGACUGUUCAUGUUGGAGGUAAAAGGACACAUGGGAGAUAUCUUUUGUUGAGACAAAGAGUUGAGUUUCCAGGGGAUAAACCUCAGCCUGAUGACCUGCAUUCGCAGCCUAUGCAUUCAGGGGAGACAAGGAAAGGACAGAAUCAGCCACCAAAGGCAACAGCAGAAGAGAAGCGACAGAAUCGCCAGGUUUCUCCAGCUCCAAUGUCACUCUCUAAUUCUGAUGGACAUGACAAAGUGGAUAAAAAGAUGAUUGAUUUGAAUAUGAAGCCUCAACGAACUGAUCACGAACAAGCUUCUACUAAUCAGGAACUGUGACAUUAUUAUGUUAAUGGAGUGAUCGCAAAGCUGAAAGCACGGUUCCUAUGCCCUCAGAGAGCUGGACAGGAGCAGGGUUUCUUCUAUGCUUCUCUUACGUAGUAGUUAGCAUGUCAUGUGUCAAUAUUUCAUGUUCUUCUCCCCUGUUUUUCUUUCGACAUGGAUGAUGUGCUUCUAAGGCUUGGGGAAUGUGUUUUCACCAAUAAUGUAGCUUAGCUGUUUAGACUAGCAGUGGACAGUAUCCACAUCUUCAAUUGCAAAGAAAAGGUAUAGAAUCAAGUGCAAUUGGUUGCUUUGUGGUUGUGUUCGAGAUAUUUUUCUUCCCAUGCAUCCCUUAUUUCCAAGUGUCUGAUAUUCGCAGAAGUGGCACUGUAAGAAAUUUCUUUAAAGUCUAGAGAAUUCGGUAUACUAUUUCAGAUUACUGCAA